UCAUCAUCUAGCUCUGGCUCAAACUCUGGCUCUUCAUCAGCUUCCCAAUCUUCAUCAUCUUCAUCAUCAUCCGGUGGUUCUGGUGGUUCAGGUGCUGGUUCAGGUGCCAAAGGUAUCACUUAUUCUCCAUACACCAAUUCAGGUUCCUGUAAGGAUGCAUCCACUAUCAAAUCAGAUAUUGCCAAAUUGAAAGAUUUUGAUUUAAUCCGUUUAUACGACACUGAUUGUUCAGGUGUGGAAAACGUCUUGGCUGCUAAAGGUUCUUCCCAAAAAUUAUUUGCAGGUAUUUAUCACAUCAACAAAAUCCAAGAUGCUGUUGAUACUUUAUCCUCUGCUGUUAAAAACGUUGAUGGGGGUUGGGAUAACAUCCAUACCGUCUCCAUCGGUAAUGAAUUGGUCAAUUCUGGUGAAUCAAAACCAUCAGAUAUUAAAACCGCUAUCGAUACUGCCAGAUCCGCUUUGAAAAGUGCUGGUUAUUCAGGAAAGAUUGUCAGUGUUGAUACUUUAGUCGCUGUGCAAAAUAAUGAUGAAUUGUGUCAAUAUUCAGAUUAUAUUGCAGUUAACUCUCAUCCAUUCUGGGAUGGUAACGUUGAUGCUUCAGGUGCUGGUGAUUUCUUACAAAAACAAAUUUCAAACAUCAAGAGUAAAUGUGGUGGUGAUAAAUCUGUUUUGAUUACUGAAACCGGUUGGCCAACAAAAGGUGAUACUUAUGGUAGUGCGGUUCCUUCUAAGGAUAACCAAGAAAAAGCCUUGAAAAGUAUCAUUGACAGUUGUGGUGAUCAAGUUGUUUUGUUUACUACUUAUGAUGAUUUAUGGAAAAGUCCUGGUAAAUAUAAUGUUGAACAAUACUGGGGUAUUUUCAGUGAU